CAACAGCCAACGGGAGCUGUUCUUUUAGGGCCGCUGUCCGAGCCCCUCAGAGCGGUGGUGGACUGAGCGGGGAGUGGGGCUGCCAGACUCGGCGAGAGGCGCCGUUCGGAGCAGGUCAUAAUGGUUUCCAUCCCUGAAUACUACGAAGGAAAGAAUGUCCUCCUGACAGGAGUUACAGGCUUCUUGGGAAAAGUGCUUCUGGAAAAACUGCUCAGGUCUUGUCCUAAAGUGAAAGCAGUGUAUGUAUUGGUAAGAAAUAAAGCAGGACAGAUGCCUGAAGCAAGAAUAGAGGAGAUUACCAGCUGUAAGCUCUUUGACAGGUUGAGAGAAGAGCAACCAGACUUCAAAGAAAAAAUAAUAGUAGUUUUGAGUGACCUUACACAGCCUGAACUGGACCUUUGUGAACCAAUCAAGGAAGAACUUAUAGACUGUGUUAAUAUUAUAUUUCAUUGUGCUGCCACUGUCAGAUUCAAUGAAACACUAAGAGAUGCUGUUCAGUUAAACGUGACUGCCACGCAACAGCUCCUUUUCCUGGCACAGCGAAUGAAGCAGCUAGAAGUGUUCAUGCACGUAUCGACUGCCUUUGCAUAUUGCAAUCGAAAACAGAUUGAGGAAGUAGUUUAUCCACCUCCUGUUGAUCCCAGGAAACUGAUAGAUUCUCUUGAGUGGAUGGAUGAUAGCCUAGUGAAUGACAUUACUCCUAAGCUGCUGGGUGACAGACCUAAUACUUACAUAUACACAAAAGCCUUAGCUGAAUAUAUAGUACAACAAGAAAGUGCAAAAUUAAACGUAGCCAUUAUAAGGCCAUCUAUUGUUGGUGCUAGCUGGAAAGAGCCUUUCCCUGGAUGGAUUGAUAACUUCAAUGGACCUAGUGGUCUUUUUGUUGCUGCAGGAAAAGGAAUUCUUCGAACAAUGAGAGCUUCCAACAGUGCAGUAGCAGACCUUAUUCCAGUAGACGUUGUUGUCAAUGCAACUCUGGCUGCAGCCUGGUAUUCUGGAGUUAAUAGACCAAGAAACAUUAUGGUAUACAACUGUACAACAGGUGGCACCAAUCCUUUCCACUGGGGUGAAGUUGAAUACCAUGUAAUUUCUACUUUCAAGAGGAAUCCUCUCGAACAGGCCUUCAGACGGCCCAAUGUAAAUCUAACUUCCAAUCACCUUUUAUAUCAUUAUUGGAUUGCUGUAAGCCAUAAGGCCCCAGCAUUCCUGUAUGAUAUCUACCUCAGGAUUACUGGAAGAAGCCCAAGGAUGAUGAAAACAAUAACACGUCUUCAUAAGGCCAUGAUGUUAUUAGAGUACUUUACAAGCAAAUCUUGGAUCUGGAAUACUGAAAAUAUGACUAUGCUAAUGAACCAACUAAGCCCUGAAGACAAAAAGCACUUUAAUUUUGAUGUUCGACAACUACACUGGGCAGAAUACAUGGAAAAUUACUGUUUGGGAAUGAAGAUACAUGUUCUAAAUGAGGAAAUGUCUGGCCUUCCUGCAGCUAGGAAACACUUGAAUAAGUUAAGGAAUAUACGCUAUGGCUUCAAUACGAUUCUUGUGAUCCUGAUCUGGCGUGUCUUCAUUGCAAGAUCACAAAUGGCAAGAAAUAUCUGGUACUUUGUGGUUAGUCUGUGUUACAAGUUCCUCUCCUACUUCAGAGCCUCCAGUACUAUGAGAUACUGAAGAAGAGAGUUUAGCAUUAGGACAUCUAUGCAUAUGGUGGUCUAACUGCACAAAGCCUGUAACAUGUAGUCAUCUCACAUUUUGUAAAAGCAUAAAUUCAUCUUCUUUUGGAGUGCGAAUUCUAUGGUAUGGUAUAUGUAAUGUUAGUUGUGUAUCUUCCUGGAAACAGAGAAAAUAAAAUGGCCACGUGCCAGGUUGAAUUGGCAUUAGACAAGCAUUUCAAUCACUUUUAACUCUUUGACCUGGGGAAAACAUUUUAGACCACUGACCAGCAUAACUGUGCAAUUUGGAACGUGUUCGAUUGAAAUCUGCCUUAACAUGAUUAUUUUUUCCUUCCAAGUUUUACUCCACAUUGAGCAAGACAAAUAUUGGCUUAGUAGUUGCUGUAGACAUAUUUAUUUGAAAUUCCAAAUUACAAAGGGGGUUGCAAGUUGCAAAAGUGUAUGAACAAUGAUGGAUCUCCUGAAUUUUUUUUGAGAAUUUAAGGUAAUUUGUCUUUACUUUUUGCCACUUCUUCCUUUCUCAAAGUAGAGAUGCAACAAUGGUGCCUACUUUGCUUUAAAAGUAAAAAACAAACAAGCAAAAAAAAAUAACAAACCCAAACCAACCUUCCUUAAUUACUGAAAGGCCUUUUGUCCAGUCUGGUCUUCAUAAUACAUUUAGUGAUUCAGUUCUGUGCUUGAAACUAGCUGUGUCCAACUUGCGUUUCGAUCAGCAUCAACAAUUUGCUUCUCUGAAAGCUGAGUUGGUCUUGUUAUUGAGUAGAUAAAAUGUAGCUUGGGGGAGGGGGGGCAAAAAUAAAAUCAUUGACCAUCUUCUGCUUUUUAAUGAUUUUUAUUUGGAACACAGAGCUGCCGUUUGAUUGUUACAUUUCUGACUUCAAAAGGUAAAUGCAUUCGGAAUGAAUUUAUUAUGCUAUUUAGGUUACUACUAAUCCUAGUUGGACAAACUGUAGGCUUUCAUUAGGAGUUAUAUGGGGUUUUAAAUUCUAAGCCAUGUUAGCAAAUACUUCAUGAUUUUUUUUUUUUUAGUCUCUUGAGUUAUGAAAUUUGAUGCAUGGACAACUCCAGUAUGUAAGCACACUCUCAUCUCUGCCCCAGUAAAAUGUCUCGUUUCACUGGGUAAGCAGAAUAAGACCUACCUUGCUUCAGAAUGGAAGCAUAAUAACAGUUCCUCCAUCUGUCUUUUAAGUUACUAAGUUUAAAGCUGAAGACACAUUUUCUGCACGUUGCUCUUGUUCCAGUAGGAAAGCAUUUGUUGUAAGAAGAGAUUGAGUCAGUGUUUAAGGCAAUACAUGAAGAUCCUUUUAAACUUUGGUUGCACAGAGUUUCUAUCUGAGAACACUAAUGUUCCUCUAAUUGAUGCACUGACUAGCACCCUUGCCCAGUGUUUGUUAAAAUCCAUUUAUACCGAAGAGUGUGUGCUUGGAAAGGAAAAUAAUUACCUAAUUACAUAAGAGAGAUGUUAUACUUGCCCUCAAUAGGUUUUUUGUUUGGUUGUUUAUUUCCUUAAUUCCUAUUUGAAUUAAGUAUGUAAAGAACUUAUUUUGCUAUUCUUGUGAAAACUCUUACUCUAAAGAGUACACCUUUCAUGCAGGUGUAUCAGAUUUUGAAAAGAGAAUGGCUUCCUUGUUGAAGCUAAAUAUUCUAUAUGAAGUAGUUACAUGAUAAUUCCUUUUCAAAAUGACCUGUGUGUAUAUAUAAAGCUAGUGAUGAAAAGCCUAAAUGGUCUAGGACCACACCUUGUGUGAGAGACCUCUGACUGUGGCUGAAAAUAUAUUGUGGCUUCUGGGAUUGAAAGUGUUACACUUUAAAAAAUACAUUAGGUGUAUUACAUUUUUAGUUGCCUCCCCAAGUAUCUUACCAGACCUGAAAGUAUGCUUAAGCAUUCCUGCAUUGUAGACCUUCUUUCAGAGGUGCCUACUUCCAGUGACACCCCUUGUCUUGUGUUGGUAUGUGGCUGAAGUUUGGGAAAGAUAAGUAACAUCAUAUUCUGCAAAUGGCUCUGUGAAGCAAUUCACUUAGGAGUUUUGGUUGUUUAGAACUAGUAUACAUGUUACUUAUGAUUUGUUACUACUGGUAACUCCGAAGCCAACAGACAGAUUAUUUUUGGUCCGAAACACUGCUUAGAAAUCUCUUCUUUUGAAUAACUAAUGAAGAAAAGGAUUACAUUAAAGAAACUUAAGGAUAUUUAACCUUUACUCUUUAAACAUUUGCAAUUGAGAACCCAAAUUUUUCCCCCUCUUAGGAAACUGGUUCUGUGCACUAUUGCUAUCUCGCACACAUUUGUCAGUCACCCUAUUUAAUUGACAAUGGAUUCAAUGUUACAUUUAGUACAUUUGUUUUGUCGCUUCCUGUGGUCGGUGACAUCCUAUCAAACAGCUGGGGUUUUUUGGUAUCAGAACCCUGUUUUCUUGCGGUUGUUCAGGCAGGUGUUUGUACAUGUGGGUCAAAAAUAUACUGCAGCUGUAUAUUGGUAAAGUAAGCUAGGCUUACUCUGCUGGCUAGCAAGUUACAGGAGGCAUUCCAGUUGGUUAAGUAGGAAAAGCAGCCUGAAGCAUCAUCACUUAACAGUUACUGGUAUUUCAAUUUGGGACCAGGGGUAAAAAUACCUUUUCUUGUAAUGUUUUUCUCUGCUGUAGGAACCAAUGUUCAGAAACAAAUGCUAAAUCCGUGAGCUUUUAUAAGACAUAAACCUACAAGAAAUAUUGGGUGCCUUUGUUUGUAAACCAAAAAUAAACAAAUCCCUUGAAA